CACUCUCAAAAUCAAAUCUCCCACCAAACUCAACUCACUUCAAUACCCCAUUUCCCCAUUCAAUUAAUCCAUCAAAAUCCUUUUUCUUUUCCAUUUACUUCCAUAUGUAUCAAGACCCCAACUCCUUUCACUCUUCUUCUCCCUCCACUCCCUGGAACCGCCUUGAGGACAAGCUUUUCGAACAUGCUUUAGUUUUGUACCCCGAUGAAGUUCCCGAUCGCUGGCAAAAGAUCGCCGAUCAAGUUCCCGGGAAGUCUCCUCUCGAUGUCAAGGAACACUAUGAGGUGCUUGUUCAUGACGUCGCUGAGAUUGACUCCGGCCGAGUUGAGUUGCCGUGUUAUUCUGAUGAGUCGCCUGAUUGGGACUCCGCCAGUCAGAUCUCCUUUGGCUCUAAGUCUGUAAAGCAGGGCGAGCCUGAGAGGAAGAAGGGUACUCCCUGGACUGAAGAAGAACACAGGUUAUUUCUGAUUGGAUUGAGUAAAUUUGGAAAGGGUGAUUGGAGGAGUAUUUCAAGGAAUGUAGUGGUGUCAAGAACACCAACUCAGGUGGCUAGUCAUGCUCAGAAGUAUUUCCUUCGCCAGACUUCUGUGAAGAAAGAGCGGAAAAGGGCUAGCAUCCAUGACAUUACAACAGUGGAUACCAAGCCAUUAACGCCUCCUGUUGACCAGAACUGGAAUCCUUCCCCGGGAGUUCCAGGUCACCAACAGCCACCUACAUAUCAACAGUUUCCUCCACCAAACCAGUUUCCCAGUCAAGGAGGCGCAAUGGGGUAUCAAAACUAUGGCUUCCCCAUGUAAAGAUACAUUAGAGGUGCACACAUUGUAUAUAAAGCAAUAGCAUGCUCUUUAACAGUCCAAUUUGUAAAGUCAUGUUCAUGUUCUUUUUAGCUAAUAGGGGAUUAGUAGUAUUGAGAAAGUAAAUCUGACAAUCUAGGUUGCCGCGUUUUGAAGUAUCUGUGGAUAGUAGGGAAACAAAGUGGUGAAGAGUUUAGUUGGAUUAUGUACAAAAACUGAGAUUGAAUUCAAGAGGGAUAGGCAAUUUUUUCUUAGUUCUUUGAUCAUUUUACUAUAUGAGUUGAAAACCUUUCUUGUGUAGAUACUAUAUAUACCCUUUGAUUGAUCUGAAUGUAUUAUUGCUAGUAUUGAGUAUAUAUCAUGUAUAGUUCUUAUUU